GUUGCAAGUUUCAACUAAGUCUCAACAAAUAUUCAAAAACUCACAGUGAAAUAAAAAAAAAACUCAAUCUACAAAAAUGCAUUUCAUCAAAGUUUUAUUUGUCGUUGGAUUCGUAGUAGGAUUCGUGAUGGCCAAUCCACUUUUGGUUGCCAAUCGUAACCUUGAUGAAUAUGUGAAUACAUAUCCAUCAUACACCUACAAUUAUGCCGUAUCGGAUGAUUUAACCGGCGAUGUUAAGUCACAACAGGAAACACGUGACGGUGACAUUGUCAAGGGGCAAUAUUCUCUCGUUGAACCUGAUGGCUCGAUUCGUACCGUGGAUUAUGAGGCAAAUGACAUCAGUGGAUUUAAUGCGAUCGUGAGUAAAAAUGGACUUUCAAUUCAUGGUGUUGCUCAGCCCAUUUUGGUUUCACAACCACGUGCCAUCGCCAGAUCGUAUGCCGUACAACGCAGCCCAUUGAAUAGAAACAUACUCGUUGCCUACGGAAAUUUACAACAACAAAUACAACAAUCGCAACGAACUCCAGCCAGCACUGUUGAAUACAUACAAACAGCAAACAAUCAAUUCUUACCAUACAAUUCCAUUUCAUACGGAUAUAAUGGCCAAGGAUCACUCUGGUAAUUUGGAAUGCCUGUUUUUUGUUGUAGAAAAAUACACACAAAGAUCACAUCAUAAGGAUAUAUUUCUAUUUCUUUACAUUAUUACCUGUCCGUCCAAAUCGAAGUAAUUUAUAAAAAAAAGCAAAUAUAAAUUUGUAUAUUCAUUUCUGUAAUAAAUUUGAAUAUCCCCGUAUCCGCUAAUUCAA